AUGUCAGACAAAACUUUUCGCAAAUCUCCUGAUAAAGAUUCACACCGUCAGCUGUUAAAAUCGCUCUAUUCAAUCUACUCAUCGGUUAAAAGUCAUCAGUGGUUCGGACGUACGGUUUUCACCAACCAACACCUGGCACCACAUUUCCAGCUUGCUUGGAAGCUUCUGGGCUACAAAACCGUGCUUCGAAACUGUCCAACCGUUGCCACUUCCACACCGUGCUGA